AUGGUUGAACAUUUGGGAUAUGUGGAUAUUUUUACAUGGAAAGAUCCUCAAGAAUCACCUACUAGAGGGAUAGAGGGAGAUCAGGAAGAGUUAUCUUGGAUUCUUUCUAGUAGAGAGUGCAAUUCCCUUACAAGGAAGGAUAUUCCAACACGAGGUCAAUAUUUGAUAGGGGAUGAUUCCAACAAUUUGAAACGCGUUGCCAAUAUAUUGGAUGGAUGGAGUAAAUUGAUAUUGUCAGGUGCGUCGGAAAUUGAUGUGCAAAAGGAGUUCCACGAUCUAACAGCAGAUGUUAUUUCCCGCACAGCAUUUGGAAGCAGUUAUACAGAAGGAAAACAUAUCUUUGAAAUGCAGACCAAACAGACGAUCCUUGCAGUUGACUCACGUCAUAGUGUUUAUAUUCCAGGUUUCAGGUUUCUUCCUACUGCAAAGAAUAGGCAACGUUGGAAUGUGGAGAAAGAAAUAAGAAGAUCCUUAAGAAAAAUUAUAGAUGGCAGGGAAAGGACUGCUAUAACAGAAAAAUCAGGUCGAUAUGGUGCCGAUCUGCUUGGGUUAAUGAUGUCUGAGAGCAAGGAGCAGGGUAGAGGCAAUGCAAAAAGUAAUGGAAGCCUGAGUACAGAGGAAAUCAUUGAUGAAUGCAAGACUUUCUACUUUGCCGGUCAUGAAACCACAUCAGUACUGUUGACAUGGGCUAUAAUAUUGUUGGGCAUACAUCAAGAUUGGCAAGAGCAAGGUCGCAGAGAGGUGCUGCAAGUAUGUGGAAAAAACAAUUAUCCUGAUGCGGAAUGCUUAAAUCGUCUCAAAAUUGUAAGGGCCAUAUUAUACAAAUUGAUGACAUUGAGAAGGUGA